UUGGUGCUUCAUUUUUCCUCACCUCAAAACUCAUCAACGUCCCUACACAUAAACCUCAAGUCAUCACAAAAUAUCAAACAACAUCCACAUAUAUCGAUCCACUACAUUAUUCUCUUCAUUUUCCAAACACCUUAACACAUUCUCUAAUUAUCAAAUAGCUAAAUAUGGAGAGGGUAAGCAGAAUGGUGGCUGAAAAGCCAGUGGUGAUCUUCAGCAAGAAUUCUUGCUGCAUGAGCCACACUAUUAAGUCUCUCUUCUGUGACCUCGGCGUUCAUCCGGCAGUUCAUGAGCUUGAUGAGAUGCCGAGAGGAGGCCGAGAGAUCGAAGCCGGCCUCUCGAGGCUCGGCUGUAACCCGACAGUUCCAGCAGUAUUCAUCGGGGGUGAACUUGUAGGAGGUGAAAAUGAAGUAAUGAGCCUUCAUCUUCAACGCUCCUUAAAGCCAAUGCUUAAAAGGGCUGGAGCUCUGUGGGUUUAAUUAUUAAAUAUAGUAUAUAUAUUCGACCUCAGCAACAACAAAUAACAAUAUUGAAGCGAUGUGUUUUUAUUGAGAAAGAAUAAUAUAAGCGAGAGGUGGACAUAAAUAAGUUACUUUUAGCCAAAAAAUAAAAAUAAAAAUAAAAAUAAAGUAGUGGGUGUGUGUAUGUAAUUAUGUAUAAACAGUGAGAGUGUGUAGCAUAGUGAAGCAAUUUUCUUCGUGAGUUAACUAUAUAAAUAUGGUGUACUAAAUAAUGAGUUCACUUCUAGUACCCCAGCUUCUCUUUUUUAUUACGUAAGCUGUGAUCUUUUUUGUGAAUAAUAAAUCUUAGUUUUUAGAUA